AUGACGAACACGAGCACGAGCAGCAACACGGGCAAGGACCUGCCAGUUGUCAAGGUGGCUGCGGUCCACGCCGCGCCCGUCUUCCUCGACACGGCAGCGACAGUCACCAAGGGCCUCGCGCUGCUCGCCGAAGCCGCCGCCGCAGGCGCCAAGCUGGUCGUCUACCCCGAGACCUGGAUCCCAGGCUUUCCCCUGUGGUCGAGCCUGACCUCCCCGAUCCACAACCACGACCUGUUCAUCCGCCUCGCCAAGGAGAGCAUCUACGUCGACGGGCCAGAGAUCGCGCAGUUCCGCAGCGCGUGUAAGCGACUGGGCGUGUUCGCGCAGGUGGGCUUCAACGAGAAGUCGCGCGCGUCCGUCGGGUGCCUGUACAACUCGACCGUGCUGAUCGGCGACGACGGCGCGCUCCUCAACCACCACCGCAAGCUCGUGCCCACGUUCUACGAGAAGCUUACCUGGGCGCCGGGGGACGGCGCGGGCCUGCGCGUCGUCGACACGAGCAUUGGCCGUCUGGGCGCGCUCAUCUGCGGCGAGAACGGCAACGGCCUCGCGCGAUACUCGCUCAUGGCGCAGGGCGAGCAGCUGCACGUCAGCCACUGGCCGCCCAUCUUCCCGACGCGGCCGCCGAGCGAGGGCGGUAACUUCGACCUCGCCGCCGCCACGCGCCUCCGCGUCGCAGCGCACUGCUUCGAGUCGAAAUGCUUCGGCAUCAUCUCGGCCUCGCCUAUCGGCGAGACGGCGCGCGCGAUGCUCGUCGCGCGUGACCCCUCCUUCGCGGACAUUCUCGACAACGCGCCCGUCGCCGCCACGUCGUUCCUCGACCCCGGAGGCGCGCAGAUCGGCGACGAGCUCAGCGGCGAGACCGAGGGCAUCGCGUACGCCACGUUCGACCUCAACAAGUGCAUCGAGCCAAAGCAGUUCCACGACUUUGUCGGCGGAUACCAGCGCUACGACGUCUUCAAGCUCACCGUCAACCGUACCCGCCACGAGCCCGUCGUCUGGGAGGAGGACGGACGCGGCAGCGCCGAGCGCACCCCCUGGGUCGUCGCCGAGGACGUGCGCGACUUGUAA